GUCAAAAGCCAGUACCAUUCGUCACACUCACGUAAUCCAUCUCAUACCAGAAACCGUUGGGGGGUUGGUGUUUAUCUUUCAAUAUCAAUCAAUGCAUUUCACUCCAAUUUCUUAUUCCCCAUCAAAUCUCUCUCGAAUCCUCCGUCAAUGGCUUCAACCGACCUCAAAUCCGCCGCCAUAAUGGACCAGAUGAAAGCUCAUCUUGCCACCGACGCCGGCAAAGCCAUCACCAAAAAGAUCGGCCUUGUUUACCAAAUCAACAUCGCUCCAAAGAAACUUGGAUUUAAUGAGGAGACUUACGUUGUGGAUCUGAAAAAAGGAGAGGUUACCAAAGGUCCAUAUGAAGGUGGAAAGCCGGAUGCCACUUUUUCUUUCACAGAUGAAGACUUCUUCAAGGUUGCCACCGGGAAAAUGAACCCUCAAAUGGCUUUCAUGAGGGGCGCAAUAAAGGUGAAAGGCAGUUUGAGCGCAGCCCAGAAAUUCACACCGGACAUCUUCCCAAAACCUUCAAAGAUGUAGUGUUGUUGAUAUAUUGUGUAAACAAGGUAAUAAGUGCGUUACUUUCUCCGUGUUCUAUUUUAAGUGGAACGUUAUUCUGUGUUGUUAUUUCUUUACUUCAUUAACAUAAUGUUUCACAUAAUCUACUACUGCUGAUCGUUUGGAUA